AUGGCAGACGGCAUCGAGAUCAAGGUGUGCCUCGACUCUCAGAUCCACAUCGGCUCCGCCGACUCGUCAUUCGAUUACCUAUCCUACAUCGCUCGAUCCGUCAUCCACGGUCUGCCUUCGAGCGCCUACUUGAUCGUGACGGACAGAAAUGUCGCCAAAUUCCACCUGACCUCCCUCGAGGCUGCAUUGCAUGCCGUCAUCGAGGCCAACGCACGCAUCAGCUCCAAAGUCUCGACCUACAUCAUGCCGAGCGGAGAAGCGACAAAGACUCGGGAAACGAAAGCGGGGAUGGAGGAUUGGAUGCUGGUCUCUGGACUCACUCGUGAUACCGUCGUCAUCGCCUUGGGUGGAGGGGUCGUGGGCGACUUGGUGGGCUUUGUAGCUGCGACAUACAUGAGGUCCGUCAGGCUCUGUCACGUUCCGACCACACUGCUCGCCAUGGUCGACAGCUCGGUCGGUGGUAAAGUGGCCGUCGACACACCUCUGGGCAAGAACAUGAUCGGAGCAUUUCAUCCUGCGAAGCACAUCUUUGUCUUUCCGCACUUCCUUGUCACUCUGCCAGCUCGCGAAGUAGCAAAUGGCAUGGCUGAGGUGAUCAAGACGGCUGCGAUCAGAGAUUCCACCAUGUUUCGCCUCAUUGCCAGCUCGGCCGCUGACAUUUGGCAAGCUUUCAAAGACGUCAAAGAUGCAAGUGGAACGUGCAUGUUGGAAAGUCGACUGCACUUCCUGCAGUCUUUCAUUGCUUCUUCCAUUGCGAUCAAGUCUGACAUUGUCAAUGCGGACCCCAAAGAGCUGAAUGGGACUCGCAAUUUGGUCAACUUUGGACACACGAUCGGUCAUGCCAUAGAGUCGCUGCUGCUGCCGGAAGCGCUGCACGGUGAAGCGAUCGCGGUCGGAAUGUGCCUGGAAGCACGCAUCGCUGUGACAAAGGGUCACCUGACAAUUUCUGAGCUACGGUCGCUACGAGAUUGCCUGAAGGCAUACGAUUUGCCCACGAGCAUGCUGGAUUUUGCAAAGUGCGCGUCAGCACCCAACCUGACCGUCGACAAGCUGCUCGAUCGAAUGGCAAUCGACAAGAAGAAUGCCGGAAUCGCAAAGAAGGUCGUCCUCCUCAGUUCUCUGGGCUCGACUGCGGAGAAGCAAGCUUCGAUCGUCGAGGAUGCUCACAUCGCGGCGGUCAUCGCUGCAGACAAGGAAGAGUCGUGA